AUGGAUUGGUCUGAAAAGCAUUUAUGCAUAAAAUGCGAUCAAGGCGGGAAUCUGUUGGUGUGCAGUGAAAAUGGCUGCCCUCUAGCUAUUCAUGAAGGAUGUAUGGGCUUCCCAGCUAGAUUUAAUGAUGCCGGCCACUUCUAUUGCCCCUAUUGUUUAUACAAACAAGCUGUUGCAGAGUCACGUCAGGCAAGGGAAUAUGCUCUGGCAAGAAAGAAAGCCUUAUUGGCCUUUAUGGAUGAGGACGUGGUAGGCAGAGAAAAGCCCUCGGAAUCAAACAAGGGAGCUGAAGCUAAUGGGAAUAAUUAUUCAAAAGACAGUGAACCAAACGUAAAUGUUACAGCAUGCGGUGGUGAUAAAAUAUCUGGGAACAGUGAUUCCAUUAGGGAACAAUCAAUUCACCUUGGCGAGGAAGAUGAAAUCCGAGGCGAAGAAGAUGGAAAGAGUCAAGAAGAGGAUAUUGAAGCUUCCGCUGGCCCCAAAGAUCAAGAACCUUCAGUUCAGAUGCCCGGGGAACAAAAUAUCUGCAAUGGAAAAGAAAUUGAAGCUUUUGCUGGCCCCAAAGAUCAAGAACCUUCAGUUCAGAUGCCCGGGGAACAAAAUAUCUGCACUGGAAAAGAAAUUGAAGAUGAGGAACAUGAAGUUUCUGCAGCUUCCAGUAGUCAAGAAAAAGGGCUCCGAAAUGCAGAAGAAGAAAAGAAUGUGGAAGAAGAAUGUGAGACUUCAUACGGAUAUAGUGAUCAAGACUCACUUCCUUUUAAGGAAAGAGCCAAGAGAGCAUUAAAAAGUAGAAAAUCAAUAGGCCCGUAUUCUGAAACUGUAUCGGUGAAAAGUAAGCCUGAUGAACAAAAUGAUAAAAAUAGGCAAACAUCGCCAAAUAUGAACACUCCAAGGAGAUCUUCAAGGAGGGCGUCUUCUGCUUCGAGAGCGAAAGAAGCUAUAAAUAAAACGAUUGAGGUUUCGAAAGGGUUGAAACAACCUGGAAAAGUUGAUGUUUCGAAAAGGCUGAAAAAACCUGAACUGCCCAUUAUGAAACUUGGGAAACGUAAGAGAUUAGUAUGGAGUGAGGAAGAAGAGGAGAUGCUCAAGGCAGGAGUAGACAAACAUUUGAAGGGGCCAAGCAAAAAUAUUCCUUGGAAAGAAAUCUUGGAGAUGGGUCGCAAUGUGUUCGAUAGAACUCGUACUCCAUGUGAUCUUAAGUAUAAAUGGAAGAACAUGUCCAGGCAUAUGAAUUGAGCUCUGGAACAGCUUAUUUCUUUUGCAAUGCCGAACUUGAUGGCAGAAGUAAGAUAUAAUAAUUAGAGGUGGGUGAAAGUCUAUCGAUAUGAUGGAUAGAUCUUCUAUCUCUUUUUUGUAUAACGACGUUUGCUAUCUACAGUUAGCGAUUUACAUUUUUAACUAGGUUGUCCAUCCAUUGGUGUGGUCAAGAUUUUCCCCUUAAACCCCUCGUGUAAAUGUUCUUUCACAAACACCAACCUACCAAUGGAUAGCUUUUAGUUUUUCACUGAUAAACUACUUCACUUGUCGCAGUUUAUGAACAUUAACAAUGUCUGGCAAUUAGCUCACAGAAAUAUUAUCAUCUGUGGUAAUUGUGCGGAUGCCAUAACGGUACCUAUCCAGAAUUCUAUGUAUUACAUUGUGGAAGUAAGGAUAUACUGCAUGUACUUCCCUAACUGAGAUAGGGGUCACAGCCGGCAGCGAAAGCCAAGGCUGAGGACAAAAUUGGCAUACGGCAGAUCAAAUGUCUGAUGAGUAUAUGUGUUGAACUGAUUACCACGAAAAGAAAACAUUAUAAGAGAAAUAUUAUCGUGGGAGUGAAUGUUAAAAGAUCAUACAUCUUGUAGCUACCCUUUUCUAUGGACUUUAUUGGCUAUAUUAAUAGUAUGUUUUUCAUUGAACUUUCCUGUUUUGUCCCUUUGCAUCAUACGAUUGAUGUCUUCAUCA